AUGGAUGUGUUGGUAAUUUCCGAUGCUAUGAUCAAUAUAUUUAUGUUGCCAACAAGGGAAAACGCCGAUUAUUGGAGGAUCCAGAAUCAUCUGUCUAUUUAUAUCUUUUGUGCAGAAAUGCAGAAUAAAUUUCAGGCAUGCUUUACGCCAUUAUCUGCGAUCUUGUUAACAAUCGUAAUUUGCCUCUCGAAUCGCCCUAUACGCUGUUCGCUGAUUCGCCUUUUCGGUUUGCAGAAUUGCUGUGACUGUGGACGAGAUUCAGAGGGUAGCGCACCAGAUGAGUUCGAUCGCACCGCGUAUUUUGAUCAGUUGCAACGAUAG